AUGGACAAAAUAACAGUCUAUUACCAACGUUUAAUAAAUCAACAAACAACUGAGGCCUUGGGGUAUAAAUUACCCACGAAUAACAACGAAUUCAAACAGGGGAUCGAAUCUGAAAACAUCCAAGAAUAUGGCGAAUUCGAUUUCGUAAUAGUCGGAGCAGGAUCAGCAGGAAGUGUUCUAUCCACACGACUAUCAGAAAUUAAUGAUUUCACGAUUUUGUUGUUGGAAGCUGGAGGUGAAGAAGAUGAUUUUAACAAAAUACCAGAACUAUUGUUGUACAAUCAUUUUAGCGAGAAAAACUGGGGUUACUACACCAUACCACAAAAGCACUCUUGCUUGGGGAUGAAUAAUAGGCAAUGUAACGUUCCUCGAGGAAAACUACUAGGUGGUAGUAGCUCCAUCAAUGCUAUGAUGUACUCCAGAGGGAACUGCAAAGACUACGAUAGAUGGUCUCAACUAGGAAUCCGAGGAUGGUCCUGCAAAGACGUUCUACCCUACUUCAUAAAAUCCGAAAACUCCCAAAUACACGGUGACGAAAACUACCACGGCAAAGGUGGUUUCUGGAAUGUUGAGUACCCGGGACCAGAUUCACCAUUGUUUCGAGAUUUCGUUAAUGGCAAUGUAGAACUCAAACAACCAAUCGUAGACUACAAUGGCAAAAACCAAAUUGGAGCAUCACAUAUGCAAUCUAAUAUCAAACAUGGGAAAAGACAAAGUCUUGCAACCUCAUUUCUAGAUAACAGUCGGCAGCGUAGUAACCUUAAAAUUCUUACUAAGACACUAGUGACCAAAGUCGUUAUUGAUCCACAGUCAAAAAAAGCAAAAGGUGUAGAAUUCGUUACAAGAAAUAAAAAAUUCCACGUAAGAGCUACGAAAGAAGUUAUUGUUUCUGCGGGUGCUAUAAACACACCACAGCUGUUGAUGUUGUCAGGGGUUGGACCAAAAGAUGACUUGCGCAAACUGGAGAUUCCAUUGAUCGCAGAUCUACCAGUUGGGAAAAACCUUAUAGAACAUCCACUUCUUCCCUUGACGGUUCGUUCAGACUACACCGCACCCAAAAUCGGCACUAACAAAUUGAUCCAACAAUAUCUGAAUGGUUUUGGUACGUUAACGAAAGGAGCAGAUGUAGAAGGCGUUGUUUUCAUACAAACCAAAAACGACUCCAACGAAGUACCUACAAUAGAAAUUUUGUUUGCAGCCCCCCCUCACAUCGACACUUCUAUGUACCAGCGAGAAUUCAACUACAACAAAGACAUCACCAGCAACUUACUCGAUAAGAUCGAUCCACAAAAAGACAUAUUUUUCUACACGAUAUUGCUUCACGAGAAAUCUAGAGGACGAGUUUUCUUAAAUUCAAGCAGUCCGAUUGAUUUUCCAAACAUCGAUUUGAACAUGUUCGCUGAACAGGAAGACGUGGAAACUUUGAUUAAAGGGGUGGAAUAUGUCCAGAAGCUCUUAAAAACCGACGCUUUCAAGAAAAUCAAUGCGACCUUAGUGGAAGUUCCUAUUUGCACUAACUUUAAAACAAAUUCUAAGGAAUACCUGCAAUGUUUAAUUCGUACCUUGACCAGCACUACUUUCCACCCCAGUGGAACAGCAGCGAUGGGACCAAACAAUGGAAACUUUGUUGUUGGUGACACGUUGCAAGUGCAUGGAGUUGGAAAUUUGAGGGUUGUUGACGCGUCGAUUUUUCCAUCGUCGAUUUCUGGGCACUUGAACGCACCCACUGUCAUGGUAGCGGAAAAGGCUGCUGAUCUUAUUAAAAAGGAACACAAACAUCUUUAA